ACUUUAAUGAUGUUUCCUUUCAGCAGAAGUAAGACACUAACUUUAAAGCUACUUCUGGUCCUGCAGCUCAUGCUAAUGAGGUAAAGAGGAAGGAAGCCCUGCUGGGGUUGAACAGCAGCUUAGUACCAACUCCAGAAGAGAGGAGCUGACCUCAGAGACAUCAGCCUCCUCUUUAGUGUAGACGUGUUGGUGGUGACUUAGUGAAUAAAGAGUUUCUGAUCUGAGGAGCAGCUAUGAGUUCAUCAGCCGGUGGAUUAGUCGUCUUCCUUCUCUCUGUACAAGUGAUACAGAGUCAGGACGGAUGGGGAGUGACUUACCGUCAGACUGAGGUCUGUGCUGUAAAAGGAUCAGAAGUGGAAAUAAACUGUACCUACACACACCCACCUGGAAUACGUUACAAUGAUAUAAAGGACAGAUUCUGGUUCACUAAAGAGAAAGAUGGUGAACCUGUGGAUCUGAGAACAGACUCUGAGUAUUCAGGCCGUGUGGAGUUUGAAUGUUCAAAGACGAGUUGCUAUCUGAUCAUCAGAAACCUGAGAGAGAGCGACUCAGCUGAGUACAAACUCACAUUCAGGACAAACAAAGGAGAGAAAUAUACUGGUUCACCUGGAGUCACUUUGUCCGUCACAGAUCCAGAUCUCCAGGUGCAGGUGAGCAGAUCAGAUUCUACCUGGUUGGAGCUGACGUGUCACAGCAGCUGUGAUCUGUCUCAUCAUCCUGGAUACAACUGGUACAAGAAUGAAGAGUACUUCAAGACAGGAUCUUCUCUUCUAGUCUCCUCUGGUUCUACAGACAGAUAUUCCUGUGGUUUAAGAGGAUCUUCUGGUCAUCGUUCUCCUGCAGUGUAUGGUCCACAGCGUCCCUCUGUGUCAGCGAGUCCCUCUGCUGAGAUGAUGGAGGGUGGUUCAGUGACUCUGACCUGUAGCGCUGAUGCUAACCCAGCAGCUAACUACACCUGGUACAAGGAGGAUGAAGACUCACCACACGCAUCAGGACAGAUGUUCACCAUCACUGACUUCAGAGCUGAACACAUUUGGAAUUAUUCCUGUGAAGCCCAGAACCAGAUGGGACGUAGUACCUCCACCUUACUUCUGACUAUUUCUUCAGGAAACGGAGGCUGCUUAUGGUCAAUAAUAACAGCUGUUGCGUCCACAUCUGCUGUUUUCCUGGUGAUCAUCAUGAUCAUCCCUGCUGCCAUCCUCAUCUUCCUCUAUAUCAGAAGGAUAAAGUCUGGACAAAGCAGGCGGCCUGAAGAGAGACCAGAGAACAAUGAGAUCCAACUGAUGACGGCUGAACAACAGGAGGAAGAGAAGAAAAAGAAGAAAGAGGAGGAAUUGGAGGAAGAGGAGGAAGAGAAGAAUUAUGAGGUGUCCACAUGUAUCCACUUUGAUGAAGACAUCGAGUGUGAAGGAGCUGUGGAUGAUUCUUCUGCUCUGUACAGCACCGUCAGCAAAGCACCAAGAGAAUGAAGCCACACGGACAUGUGGUGUGUUACUUUACAGAGUUUAAGCAGCUUAAACACACCUGCAUGAAUAUGAGGUUUGAAAUGUUGUAUAUUCACCAUCGUUAAGGCUUCCAUCAGAGAACUAUCAGUGAGCCAAUGGGAGGCCAGCUUGCAGUCUGGAAUCAGCCUUUAAAUGUUACUAAUGAGCAAUAGAUUACUACCUGUUCUAUACAAGCAUCUUCAAGUGCAUUUAUCUGUAAAUAGUCUUUACCAAUGUUGCCAAUAUGCUUCUAUUGAUCAUCAUUUCUACUGAAGUUGCAUCAUAUGUUAUUGUUUUGUAUGAGACUGAAUUCAACUUUCAGGGCCUUAAUAUUACAUCCAAGAGUCCAAUGUAGUGUUGACAUAUAUAUAUAUAUAUAUCCCAGGGAAGCAUAGCCCCCACAUAAGAGACCUGAGCCCCCCAUGAGCACCACUAAUGUGUGAGGAUGGUUCAUUUAAAAAAAAAGAAUUGUGACAAUGUUAAGUUUUAACAAAGCUAAGCCUUAUUUACUCUUAUAUGUUGUAUUUUGUGUAUUAUUCAGGAUCAUCUUAUUGAUUUGUUACUGAAGAUCACAUUGAGGUAUUAGUGGAAAUCAGCUCAUGUUCCUCUGCUUUUGGAACAGAUGUGUAACAGAUGUGUUGUGGGAGAAGAUCGAGAUAAUCAAGUAAACCUCAAAGUGGUGAUUACUGGUAGUAAAAAGAAGUGUCUCAACCUGAAUUAUACUUUUGAACAAAAUGUGUAUUUUAAACAAGCCGCAAAAUAUUUUUUUACACUGUUUGAGCUUCAUGUAUCUAUAAAAAUAUGUUUUAAAUUCAAAGAGCUGCAAGUUGCAAAAUAUUUUUUAUGUAAGAUUAUAAAGAUAUUUACUUUUGAUGUGAGUGCAAUGCUUAAUAAAUCUGUCAUUUGGAUGUUUUGUUGCUUUUUAACUGUUCAAAGUCUUUUGCAGAGUCAAAUCUUUUUUUUAGAUUUUUAUUCAAAGAAAACACUUUUUAACAGCUCAGCCUGAAGUGGAUCAGAGUCUCAGAUACUCUGUUACAAAGGAAGUGGAUUAACCUGAAGUAUAUUAGUUUUCUGCUAAAUGUGCAUUUUAAACAACCAACAGGAUAUUUUUUAACCAUUUCGGCUCCGUAAAAAUAUCAAAUGUUUUCAAUGCAAAGAGCUGCAAGUUAACAAUCAAAUGAUCAUUUACAUUUGAAAUGAUUGUGAAUCUUGUU